ACACAGAUUACCAAAAUGUGUUUUUCUGUAAUUCGGUCACCUGACAACAGAAUAAGACAUUUCGUUACAGCGGCUGAUCAAGUACAGACUUCCCCGCCUACAAAUUUAUGCUGAGGUUAAAAUCAUAAAUCACUCUUGACAUCUUAGACUUAAGGUUACAAUUCACAAGUUAACUUGUAACGGCUGGACACCAGACGAAAGGCUGAAAGAAAGGUGAAUCUAUGACUUACCUGUGUGUAAAGAAAACUAAUGUAUGUGCCAAGAGGAACAGGCUGCUCAAUGUGGCUCAUUGCCUCAGAAGGACUGUGAUCAUCUGAUGUCCUCAUUUGGACAGCACGUAGACAUCAAAAUCAAAUUGAACUGAUGUGAGAUGACGCCAAACCUGAUACCAUAGUGACACAGCUCACGAUACUGACCGACAAAAUCUGUGGAGAGAAAAAUAUUUAAACUUCUAAAUUUACUCAAUUCCUGAUAAAGAAUCAACAGUGAAUCAGAAUGAAUCUGUACAUCCAUGCAUUGGCAUGUGCUUUUGGUGUGGGUUCCUGGAUUUCCAUUAAUGGCUUAUGGGUGGAGCUUCCUCUGAUAGUCAAUAUACUGCCGGAGCGAUGGGACUUACCAUCUUACCUCACAGUUAUCAUUCAGCUCGCCAAUCUCAGCCCUCUGGUGGUCACCCUGGCACAUCAAUUCUGCCGUGGUCGACUACGGGAAAAUCUGGUUAUCUAUGCGGUCCUUUCAAUUGGUAUUGCAGCUUGCAUUCUGCUAGCUUUGUUUUGGAAGAACACCACAGUAAUUUUGGGUCAACCACGUAGCACAGCAUUUUUUAUCCUUACGUUCUUUCUCGCCCUUGUCGAUUGCACCUCCUCUGUCACAUUUUUGCCAUUUAUGAUGCAACUUCCUGCCAAAUACAUCACCACGUACUUUAUUGGAGAGGGUCUGAGCGGUUUGGUUCCAGGCCUGGUGGCGCUGGCGCAAGGGGUUGGGAUGUCAGAAUGUGUCAAUGUCUCGUAUGUGCCGGAUAACCUUACGGAGCCUGGACAACCUAGCUUUGUGGUGGAGACACGGUACCUCCCUCCCAACUUCUCACCAGAGGUCUUUUUCUCAUUCCUGGCAGUAAUGACAGCAAUAAGUCUAGGUGCUUUCUUCAUGCUAAAUCGUGUGCCUCGUACCUUUGAACUCUCCUCUGAAAAUCUUGUUCCAGAUGAUGUGGCGACAGUCUGCAAGGGUUUGGAAAGCCCUGUGGAACUCACUGCAUGCAAAAACAGUGAAGAGAAAUUUGAAAAGAAGACCAGAUUGCUACUUCCCGUAACUCUGCAUAGCAGCUACCAGCUUGCAUUUAUGUAUUUAUUGAUAGUGUGGGUUAAUGGAGUGACAAAUGGGCUGUUGCCAUCUGUGCAGACGUUCUCCUGUAUGCCCUAUGGAAAUAUGGCCUAUCACCUCUCAGCUGCUCUGUCGUCAGUAGCCAAUCCAAUGGCUUGCAUCAUUGCAAUGUUUUUCCCCAAACGCUCUUUAGUACUUCUGGGAUUCCUGUGUCUGCUGGGAUCUGUUUUUGGAGGGUACAAUAUGGCCAUGGCUGCUAUGAGUCCCUGUCCAUUACUACAAGAUACGCCUCUAGGGAGUGCUCUUAUCGUUUUGUCGUGGGUUUUCUUUACUGGCCUGAUGUGUUAUGUGAAGGUGAUGGUGGGUGUGAUUCUCCGGGACCGGAGUCACAGCGCUCUCGUGUGGUGUGGAGCGGCAGCGCAGGCAGGAUCGUUGUUGGGCUCUGUUGUUAUGUUUCCUCUGGUUAACAUCUUUCACUUUUUCCAGUCUGGUGAUAUUUGCAACAACGAAUGCUCAUUAUAACUGUCUGCUCUGCUUUUUUAUUUUACCCUUUGGUCCAUUAUAAAUUCAUCAUUUGUA